AUGUAUUCAGGUGCAGCUCUCUGCAAGGCGAACAUCCUUCGGGGGGUUGGCCGACUUAAUGAGAAACUUUACAAAAAACUCGUCCCCAAUUAUCCCCUCGGGUGCAAGAGGAUAUGCAUUUCCAACUCGUACUAUCCCGCCUUAGCGCGCCCUCACGUGGACGUAAUUCGCGAAGAAGUCGUCUCCGUGUCUCCCGAGGGGUACAUUUCCACCAGUGACGGAACCACGAGACACGUGGACGUCAUCAUUUGUGCGACGGGAUACGAGCAAAUGACGACGCACUGGUUUAACCCGGUCAAAAUAUUUGUAAAAGAGGACGAAAUCGAGGAGGGCGAUGGGAUUGACGUCACCAAAGGAUUGAGACAAGACCCAAACUUUUAUCUUGGCAUAAUGACGGAUACCUUGCCAAACAUGUUUUUCAUUUAUGGACCAUAUUCGCUUAUUCCCCAUUUCUCCGCCGUGUUUUGUAUUGAAUAUCAAAUGAACUGGAUUGUCACGGUGCUAAAAAGAAUGCGGAAAAUGGUGGCAGGGAAACUUGAGAGAAAUAGGGACCAAUACCAAAAUGUAGUCGUCUGUGUGAAGGAAUCCGCCCAGACGGAUGAUGUCCGAAAUGUUCGGGACAAGAUGAAAAACACUAUACACGGCGGAUCUGUUCCCUGCAAUGCGUGGAACGUGGACAAAACGACGGGCCAAAAUCUCACAACCUUUUCCGGAGCUGCGAAAGAUUUUUGGUGGAAGUGUAGACGUGUGAGAUUUCAAGAUUUGGAGUUUAAUCUAACUCCAGCCACCCACCCAGGGUAAUUGGUUGUUCAAAAUCAAUUGCAAUAACUAAUUGCAUAGCACUUUACAAUUACCAGGGUCAACUGAAGAUGGAGUAUGCGUUUGUAUGAAUGUGUAUCCAUACACAAAUAAUGUUUAAUAAAUCGAAAAUAAUUUUUUAAAAAUUGAUUGUGUCCUAUUGAAUGUUUAACUUAAUAUUUAGUUGAAUACGUAUCG